CAGUGCCAAUAAUUAAUAAUAACUGGGUCAAUAAUUAAUAAUUGGCUCAUGACAACAUUAUGUAUAUUUUUGGGCAGAAAAUAAAUUUAAAAAAGUAACAUGAACAUGAACAUGAGCUACGUGCUGUAGUUCAAACCCAGCACUCUUAAAUGUUAGUGUCCACUAGAUGGCGCCAAAAGACCAGCGGCUUUAGUGUAGAGGGCGGGACUGAAGCAGGAUCCGGGUUAUUGUCAUCACUACCACACCUUAUCAUCCUGGCUCUCUGGAUAUGAACCUGCAGCCUGCUCUCCUUGCAGCCCCCCUUCCUCCUACUCCUCCUCCUCUUCCUUCUCAUUUGCCGGACAGCUAUAGUGCGCACUGAGCAACGGCAGUGCGCAAAAGGGCCGGCAUGCACCUGGAGGAACCCACCCUUUAAAGCCGGUUCCAGACUCUGUUCGGAGUUUCACCCGGAUUGCAGGAUGAUGCUCUAACAGCAUGAAUAAAGCGGGGCGAGUGCUGGAGCCGAAGCUGCAACAUGGGCGUGGGUCGAAACGAGCGGGAUGUAAUUUCGCGGACAUAGUACGGCAAAAAAGAGGACCGUGCAAAAAAGUCAGAGUUGUGAUCUGAGCUCGGGUUCACUCGGAUUCACCACACGCAGCACUUUCCCGUCCCUGACCGGAAUGAUGGAGAAGGGCGCGUUGCAGCAGCAGCAGCAGCAGCAGCAGCCUCUGUCCAAGAGCGCGGAGCGUCCGGCGGAGGAUGUCGCCAAAAUCCCCGACGAGGAGCUGCUGAGGUGGAGCAAACCGGAGCUGGUGCGGCGGCUGCGCCAGACGGAGACGGAGAAGAGGGCCGUCAUCGUGGAGCACGGCAAUCUGAUGCGGGAGGUGAACCGGAGGCUUCAGCAGCACCUCACGGAGAUCCGGAGUCUCAAGGACGUGAACCAGAAACUGCAGGAGGACAACCAGGAGCUGCGGGACCUGUGCUGCUUCCUGGAUGACGACCGGCAGAAGGGGAAGCGGGUGUCGCGGGAGUGGCAGCGCCUGGGCCGCUUCAGCGCGGGGCUGAUGAGGAAGGAGGUGGCCGUCUACCUGCAGAAGUUAAAGGAGCUGGAGCAGCGGCAGAUGGAGGUUGUCCAGGAGAAUCUGGAGCUUAAGGAGGUGUGCUUUAUGCUGGAGGAGGAGCGAGCCGCUGCCACAGCUGGAGGAGGGGCCCACACCCAGGGAGAUCCUGGCUGCAGGAGCUCAAUAGACAGCCAGAACAGCCUGUCUCAGCUCGGAGGGGGCGGGCCUACACCUGGCUUGCUGCGGGACGUUGGCGAUGGGAGUAGUACCUCCAGCGCAGGAAGCACGGAUAGCCCCGAUAAACCACACCACAAGUCACCUACCCUGAGCUCCAGUGCGAGCCCAGGAUCAGGGCCAAGGUACUCCUCCUUGGAGAAACAUAGAGAUAUGUGUGAAUCUCCAGAUAGGAGAAACAGCUCAACCCCUGAGUACCAAACCUUCCCUCAGUCUUGCCGCCCCCGUGGCGGCUCCCUUAUAAACCUAGCACCCUAUGGGCUUGGAGGACCUUGGCCUGAAAAAAACAGCAAAUCCCCCACCAGGCUACCUUGUGCCUCCAACUCCAAACCCUCCAGCUCUGAGCUACUAGCUCAAAAACCAUUUCUGAUGUCAGGGCACGCGUCACCAGGCUGCAGGAAGGGGUCGGCUAAGUCCAGCCCAGAGCUGAGUCAGAGGAGGUUCCAGGGAGACAAUCUGGGGGCUGGCUGCAAAGGUCCUGAAGCUAAGCAGCCCACAUCAGGGACCCUGGAGUACCUGAGGAAAGGCCGGGUGAUUGUUGGGAGUCCAGAGUCUAUGCGGCACCAUCAUAAUUACCAUCACAGCCCUGGAGGGGAGAACAGCAAGGGAAGGCACAGCAGCAGGUCCCCGGGCAGGGAGAGGGCUCAGAGAAGGGCUGUUGGAGAGGAGAUGAGCCCCCAUCAUCAGAGUCUGUACAACGCACUGAUAUCUGCUGGCUGCUGCACCAAUUCCUGUCGGACUGUAAAGCUUUGGGACAGCUUUGACGCCUCCUGACCAGGACACGCCUGUUGAUCUGAUGCUGCUCUGGCAACACACACACAUGCACACACACCACAGAGACAGAGAGAGAAACGGGAGGGGGGUGGGGGGGGAAUGGACCAAUGUUUAACUGGGUGGAUAGAUGGUUGAAAAGGAAUCGGCGUAAAACAAAGACGCUGAAGAAUGAAACACGGCCACUGAGAGGUGAAACUCUGGAAACACACAUUCUGCCCUUUCUCCUGUUGCUGCUAAUGCUACUAUGCAUCUCUACUAGGUAACAGUAGAUGUUCGUCGUGUUGGAUAGGUGAGGACUUAUCCCUUCUUUGCCAAAAGAAAGAGAAAGAAAUGACUAAAGCUGCUCAGAAUCCUUGUUGCCAACAAUAUGGUUCUACCUCUUUUGACAGACAGGAUCCUCAUAGAAGACGCUCGAUACGCGAAGCAACGUCUGAUACUAACACUGAAGGUUAAAAACCCCCUCAACAGUAAUAACAGCUGGCAUUCGAAACACUGCAAACACCUGGGUACUAAAUAAGGCUCCUUCUUUGGAACAAAACAUACCUUUAAAGCACAAACUCUAAUUCAAAAGAUAUUUUCUCUUGCUGCAUUGGCCAUCAUCAUCAGGCAGUUUCAAUAAUUUUGUCCUCUAACAAUAGGCAAUGGAGAUGUUGGUGCAGGAGGUUCCAAAAAGACUGGCAGUGUAAGGACAGGGGAAGUGUAAGUGUGGAUCAGUGCAAAGCUCUUUUUUUUAAAUUAUAACAUAUUGUUCAGCAAAACCGUCUUGCUACUGUAAUCAAUCAACCCAUUUGUAGCUUGUAAGCAGAUCCGUAGAUACAGCCUAUAGCUCACGAUGCUCCUUAAACAUAUUAAUAAGGUCUUAUUAAUAUGCAACAUUCUGUUAACUAUUUUAUUGUUCAUAAACCAAUCUGUCUGAUAAUGUUAAUAUGAGUUUUAAGAAUUUAUUAUUUUCCUAAACAUUAUUGGAUAUUUAUUACAACCAAAACAAUUGUAUGUAAAUUUGAAGAUCCAUUCAUAUAAAACACUUAAUCUUGCAGGGCAGUGAGAGACCUGGUGGCUUCUCCAAUGGCCAAAGGGCGAGAGGCGGGGUACGCCCUGGACAGGCUGACAGUAUUUGGUGAAGGUAUUGAUUACAGUGUAUCCACAUUUUCAGGUUUGGUCAUUUACGGGCAGAAUGGCCAAAUAUAUGGUCAAUAUGCAGAGCAUGAAUGAAUUAAACAUCUGAGGUAUACAAAUCUACCAAUUAAUGAAGGUGAGCUGUCCUGUCCAAUUGCAGUAUUGGAUACACUUAUACUAGGAUAACUUCAAUAUAAUAUUUAUGCAACACAUAUUGUAAUGUCGAUUCAAUUUUAAUGUUUAUUAAAAGUUUACUGACCUCUCAAAGAGGAUUUCAAAGCCUAAUUUUGGGACUAAUCUCUUAAUCUGAAAUAGGGAAGGAAUUAAAAGUCUUAAAAUCACUUGGACCCAUUAACUUCCACCACCAGAACCACCAUUGAAGAAAUAUCUAAGUUCCUUACUGUAGUCUAAAGUUGAGUUCCUUUCACUUAAGGAACUUACAUGACAAUUGCAGCUGCGGUUGCCACAUGCCUUGCUGCCUCUCAGCUCAACAUAGACAACUGCUGUUUUUGGCCACAAGGUGUCUCUGAGACCAGCAGCUGUUAUUUCUGACCCAGGUCAUUUAACAUCCUGGUCGUUUCUGACUUUGGAUUCAGAAUCUGACUGGAUAUUAAGAGGAUCUUAUGUUUAAAGUUACUAAAUGCCACGGAACGCACAAGGAUGUUUCUGUGGCCACAGUCUUGCUCAUCUUUACAGAAAAAUAGACGAAUUAUAUAUUUGCUUACAAUAAGAACAAAAAUAUUUUUAGUAAACAAAUCUAGCGAAUGAUCAGUCAGCAUGUGCUACUGGGAGAGGAGCAGGCAUGAGGAUAGCUAAUAAAAAAAUCUUUGUUGUUUUUAGGGAUUCUUCAGACUAGAGAGAAGAAAGAUGUCAACAUUUUUCUGUAACUAAUUUUCCCAUUCACACUUUUGGAGGUUUAUGGGCAACAUGAGAAUUAAGGCUGCAGUAUGUAACUUUUAUUUAAAAAAAAAUACAACAAAAAAACAUAUUCUCACACAUUUGUAACAUAUUUGAGACAAAUAAUCUGUGAAAAAAACAACAACAACGAGCUCCUUUUACUUCUCCCAGUGCUUCCAAUGCUAAUUAGAAACAACUAGUCAGAGCCAGAAGAAGAGUCUUAGCUUAGCGGAGUCGAUCAUCCCUCCUUCACUCCCUCCCUUUCUCUCUGCUACAAUAAAAGCUUCAGAGCCUGUUGUGAAUGCUAAAGAUAUUCAGCAUGGCCACCGAUGACGGCGGAUAAACGGUUUACCUAUAUAGGAGAAUCGUUACUCUGCCAUUAGCACAUUUAGCGUGAGGAUGAUUGGCAGUGCUAAGACUCCUCCUGGCUUUGAUUGGUUGUUUUUGACUGGAAGCGGUACAUUUUCUCAGACAGAAAUAGCAGCACAACCUUUUCACAGAUUAUCUGCUUCAUAUUAUACUGCCACAACAUGGUGAUGGUUACAAAUAUGGAAAUAUCAGAUUUUUUAUUU